AUGUCCCAAUCUGCUCUCGUUACUGGUUGUAGUAGGGGUGGCCUCGGAGAUGCCAUGGCCCAAGCCUUUAGAAAGGCCAAUGUCAAAGUGUUUGCGACCGCUCGCGACUUAAACAAGAUCCAGCAUCUGAAAGACAUCGGGUGCGAGGUUUUGCUUCUCGACGUGACGUCGGAGUCUUCAAUUCGAGAAGCGGUGAGCACUAUCACCAAACUAAAUAAUGGGAGGCUCGAUUUUUUGGUGAAUAACGCUGGCAGAGGCAAGCUCUUGCUGACGGCGUUAAUGAAAGGGCACACCUCCCCCCUGUCAGACAUAUCCAUAUCGGAUGCCAGGCAGACUUUUGAGGUCAACGUCCUGUCUGUACUAGCAGUGUCACAAGCGUUUCUCCCUCUAUUGAUUGAGGCCAAAGGCCGGGUCAUCAACAUUGGUUCUAUUGGGGGAAAAGCAAGUCUCUCUAGGUACCAGGGAAAAUGGUCUAAUCAAUAUUGUCUAGGUGUCUAUGCAGCUAGUAAAGCUGCGUUGAACAUGAUGAGCGAGACAAUGCGGGUGGAAUUGGCGCCUUUUGGCGUUCACGUCAUUACUGUUAUUGCAGGAACAAUAAAUGACACUCCGUUCUACACGAAUCAGCCGAGUCUUCAAAUUCGAGAAGGCUCCAUAUAUAGCGCCAUCAGAGACACCAUCGCUACUACUCAGCGAGGAGAGAGGCUAAAAGUGGGUGCCAUGAGUGCCUCGGACUUCGCCAAAGGGGUCGUUUCCAAUUCGAUGAAGCCGAAGCCUCGAUUGUGGUUUUGGCACGGGGGCAGAACGAUGGCAGUCUGGAUCAUCACCGUGUUCCUUCCACACACUUUCCUGGUAAGAAGAAGGACUCGUCAAAUCAUCAAAUACUAA